AAACAAACAAAAACAGAAAAAAUCAACGCAGCCGAAAUAAACUAAGAGAGUUCGAGCAAUGAAAAGAAGUAAAGGUGUAAAUAACGCGAACCAGAUGUGACGAAAAGAUCAAUUUAAACCUAAUCUAUUCAACUAAAGUCAUAGGCAAUAAAAUUUUUAAAUAAAAAGCAAAACAAAACUGCAUGUUGUAAACGAGAGUAAUAUCGAAAAUUGCUUUGCAUAAUCGCGUAGUUCGAAAGAAGGCCAGAAUCAAAAGCAAAUAAAACGACGUUGGAAAACUAUAAACAUUUUGGUCUAUAAAAUGUCAUUAGCCGACAUGGGUACAGCGACGCGAAGUGGCGGCGUGAGCGGAGGUGGUGUUAGUGUUGGCGGUGGUGUGGAUAUUGGCAUAGGAGUGCCGGGCGGACGUAUCACUCACUCGCUGAGUACACCAUCAGGAGUCGAUGGUACUCCAUCAACACCAAGACAUCGUGGUGGAAAGAAACUAACUGUUCGCAUACAGAUGCUGGAUGAUUCGGUGACCAUGUUCCAAGUGCAGGCCAAAGCACUCGGACGUGUUCUGUUUGAUCAGGUAUGCCGACAAUUGAAUCUACUCGAGGCGGAUUACUUUGGAUUGGAGUAUCAGGAAAUCUCCACACACACCAAAUAUUGGCUGGACCUUGAGAAGCCAUUAAAUCGACAAGUUGGCUUGUCACUCAUCGAUCCGGUGCUUCGUUUCUGCGUUAAAUUUUACACUCCUGACCCAGCGCAACUUGAGGAAGAGUAUACAAGGUAUCUUUUCUGUUUGCAAAUUAAACGAGACUUGGCCAAUGGCAGUUUGCAGUGCAACGACAAUACCUCCGCGCUGAUGGCAAGUUACAUUGUGCAAGCGUCAUGCGGUGAUUAUGUGCCUGAAGAUUAUCCUGAUCAUACAUACUUGUCAUCGUAUCGCUUUGUACCUCAUCAGGAUGCAACUAUGCAGCGUAAAAUCAUGGAAAACCACAAGAAGCAUGUCGGCCAGUCCCCUGCUGAGGCGGAUUUGAAUCUUCUGGAAACGGCUAGACGCUGUGAACUAUAUGGAAUGAAAAUGCAUCCAGCGAAGGAUGUAGAGGGCGUUCCACUUAACUUAGCUGUAGCUCAUAUGGGCAUUGCUGUCUUCCAAAAUAUCACACGCAUCAAUACCUUUUCAUGGGCGAAAAUACGAAAGAUAUCGUUCAAGCGCAAACGAUUCCUAGUAAAACUACAUCCCGAAGGAUAUGGUUAUUAUAAAGACACUGUGGAAUUUUUCUUUGAGGGGCGUAAUGAGUGCAAAAACUUUUGGAAGAAAUGCGUAGAAAAUCAUGGUUUCUUCCGCUGUGCUGCAGUGCAGAAUCAGCCCAGACGAAAGGCACGCGUUCUCUCGCGUGGCAGUUCCUUCCGUUACAGUGGUAAAACACAAAAGCAGAUAAUUGAAUUCGUUCGUGAGAAUUACGUAAAGCGUCAAAAUUUCCAAAGGUCACAGUCAUUCCGGCAAGGGCCAUUGAAUGCUAGUAGUCGAAGUCAGUCGCAUACGUAUGUGAAUUCCAGCAUUUCAGCCAAUCCCCUUCUCCCAAUUGACACUGCGGACUGGGAUUAUCGCAAUCAAUGCAUCGACUCGACGACGCUUUCUCUGACGAAGAAGGCAGCGGAUACCUUGGAUCGCCGACAAGACAAUCCUACAGACCACACGCGUUCUCAAGUCACAGCAGCCCAGGUGGAGAUCUAUCAGACGAAGAAUUAUGCUCCGGAAUCGCCAACAUUGGUGGCGGAACAGCAACACCUCUCGGCAGCGGCUAUGGACCAAAUGAAUUCGAACCGGUCUGUCUCUCCUCAGGGCCCGGGAUCAUGGACUUCACCCAAUCACAGCAGUCAGCAGCACAGCAGUAUGCGCGGCCAAGAUCACGCUCGUGCGCAUCAAGGCGAUCACAGUUUAGGUCUGAGCCAUUUGUCCCACUUAUACAGCAGCAGCACCCCUCGUCGAGUCUCAGUGGCAUCCCAAGCGUAUGUCCCUGCAUCGCCGCAGCUCAUGCACACCAACACCAGCAACAGCAACACCAUCAACACUAUCACCACCAACACAGUGGGUCUCUCGGUGGAUCUCAGCAGCUCUAUGGAGUUGGAACAGGAGGAGGACUUGGAGGAGGAGGAGGAAUUAGUCGAGGAGGAAGCGGAUUCGGACUUGACCGCAUCUACCACCAAUCGGGAGAGUAUGGUAUCAGCGGCGUCGGGCCCUGCCCAUCAUCAGCAGCUUCGGUCACAGGAGUUCCAAUCGGAAACUGUCAUCCCAGUCCAUUAUAGCAGUACCAAUUAUUCGAUGUCUAAACAGUGUUUGCUUAAUAAUAAUAACUCAACCGAAACUGAAACGGACAAUAUCAUCUACACAGACAUAAAUGACAUUGGACAUUACAAAUAUCCAGACUUUAUUAGUACACCUAAAACCGAAAACAAAAUAUCAAACUCCGAAAACUUGAAUCUGAAUGAUCGUAACGACAUCUACGCUACCGUAAAUCGAAAAACCAAAUCUAAAACGCGAGAAAAACACUUUAGCGAUGAAUUCAUUGACGAAUCGAUACUCCAGUAUACACGAGCCAAACAAAUGGGAAUUACGGAUGUGCAACAGCUCAAUGGUCAAAUCGAAUCUGGCCGUGGGUUUUCAAGUGUUAAUUAUCAGUAUCACAAUGACUUGAAUCAUCCUUCAGAUUCGUCGUCAUCAUAUUUCGGAACAGGGUUUGGUACUAAGCGCUACGCUAUGGCAGAGCGUGCUAAACUUACUCAUUCCGAAAACUUUUUGACACCCUCAAUAGACUCUCAGAGCUUUGUAUCGGGCAUGGAUGGUGGGACAGCUCGGCGUGACACGCACUCACUGCCACGUAACUCCGAAUUGUCCGGUGUAGAUUCUGUUGAUUCGUAUGACAGUCACUAUAUUACCCAUCAUGCACACUCGAUUGCCAAUUUGCGUUCUGGCACAAAUAUUCCCAACAGUUAUUUGACCGUCAAUGAUAGAAAACCGAUCAGUACCGCUGAAGAAUGCAGCGUCGCUGGAUCGCCCUUGAAUCGUUUUAAGACUUCUUCGGAAAAACUUGAGUUCGAAAUAUCGUCAGGCGACCUGUAUUCUUCCAGACAGUAUAAUAAGGAGGAAUAUGAAGAGGAGAACAUUUAUGACCAAGUGGAGAAGGAGUCCUGGUUGAAGAGCAGCUCUUGCAAAGAUUUGUACGACUUUUCUUCGUUUUAUGAAAGCGAAAAGCCGAAGCCAAUGACUGCUUUCGACAAAGAGUUCCUCUCGUUUAAUCGUAUUGAUUCUCCCGUUACACGUUACGAUGAUUCGAGACAUUCCAUGUAUAUAACCAAAAACCAUUCAAUUGAUGCCACACAAGACAUUUCCCCAUUACCCAAUUUGAAGGUGUAUUCCUCUAGUUACCCUGGGAGUACAUACAAUACUCAAGAUCACCAGAACAAGCGUGGAUAUGGACAUCACGUUGACUAUGCCGGCUCACAAGACGACAUCUCACAGGAUAGUUACGAAUUACUAGAAAAGUAUGACAUUGACUUUUUCAGUGGUCGCCGUCGUUCAGAUGACCAUAUCCGCUCUUGUUCGCUGGACUCGGGCAACUAUAUACCAAGUGACGAUGAGUCGGUCUCGGAGCAGCAUAAAUAUCGUUCGGCAAUGGAUGUUAAGUGCAAAUCCGCAGUCGAUAUUAUGAACGAAAUUUGGGAUUCAGAAGAUCCCCGUUACUUACCUCGAGAGAAGUUAUGUGUUAAGUCGGACGGUAGCUUCUAUAAGAAAGUUAAAGAAGCUCUUUCCCGCACUUCCAGCCAAGAGAGUCGCAGUGAAGUGUUCGAGACGAAAAUUUCGCGAAGUUCGGAUUCAAGCAAAAAAUCUCGUGACAGUUUGUACCACACUGAUAGCAAAAAGUCACGUGAAACAACCAAGAGUAAAACUUCAGUAGCAUCUAGCCAAGAUUCAAAAGAAUCUCUAGUUGGGGACUGUUUCGGUCGCAACUAUGAAAUGCCAACCACAACUGGAAAGAAAUUGAAGAAUUUGAAUAAAAAAGAACAAUAUGAGAAAUACCAACAGUCCAGUCAAGAAUCAAAGAGUGACUAUUACGAUGCCGUAGAGGGCGUUGAUACCGAUAGUCUUUGUGGUAGACCUAAGGUAAAAAGCCAUGAUUGUUUGCUGUCCGAUACGCAUAGCUCAACUGCCAAUAGCUCAUUCUACGACAGCCGUGACACAUAUUCAACAUUUCCGAGUAAUAAGUCGCAUAAAACAUCUAAGGUUCACUCGAUCAGCCUCCAAAAUGUUGAAAUUGAAAGAAAUGCUAAGUCAUUUGGAGGUAAAUCGCCGGAUGGAGUUUCAACACCGGCUCUGGGUAAAAAAUGCGAAGAGAAAGAAAUUCAAACUAAUGACUCCAUCGAUCAAACAGCGCCAAUUAAAAAAGGGGACUCACAGUCGUCUAAAAUUUCGACUUUUCGACGUCGUUCGGAUAGUGAGAACAUAUUCAGUUUUGACCAGGACCGCAUUGAAUGCAUUCAAAACUACACAAAACAGUGGGAAGUCCAAAGCAAAGAGGAGAAGCCCAAGCAAAGUCCCGAAUAUCCCUUAACACCUGAACUAAUCUCAGAAUUCGAAAAACAACAAGCGCGUGCCGCUAAGCAAAAAGUAACGCGGAAGGAAGAAUUAAUGGCUAAAACUCAUUUUGAAGAGUACAAUCCUGUUAUGGCACCUCUAAACUAUGCACAUGCUACAGUGGAGCGAACUAAAAGUGAUCCAAAUUCUUUGGCUAACCGCGCUCGUCUAGGCAGCAAUUCGCGACGCCAUGUUUUAAUGCAUCAGAAGUCCAUAGAUUUAACCCCAGCCGAUUCAAGUGAUGAAGAUUAUAUUUACAAGCAAAUACCGAGCGCUCCGCCACUGUGUAAGGCCCAUGGUAACUUUGAGAUCCCAAAGUUUUUCGAUGUGGCAUCAGUUCCUGUGGACAUACCGAAAGCUGGAUUCGAGCUACCAAAGAGUUUCUUUAGAGAAUAUGACAGACGGUUUCCCAAGGUGCUCAAAGAUGAUAUACCAUAUGUUUUACAUAAGCGUCAUGUAAUGAAUGGCACAGCCCCUUCACUUGGUGAGAAAAAGCAUGGCAAGCCGAAGUCGCCUAAGUCUCCAAAAUCGCCAAAAUCUCCGAAAUCACCCAAGGCAGAGGCUGUUAAAGCCACCGCAACUCCAGUAAGUCAGGCUGCUGAUUUUUUGCCAGAUAUACUAGAUAGCUUAUUGCCAGCAGAAACGAAAGAAUUUCUUUUUACUCAAAAUAUUGAUCUUUCUAAAGUUGACCCCAUAACUUUAGAAGUGGAUAAAUCCAUACCCACUAUUGAACUGUAUUCACCCAAGCGUGAUAUUACAAAGCAAAUGGAUCCCUCACUGCUAGAAAAACUAAAUAAGAAACUUAGUCAAAUAGAAAGCGAUUCCGCGACCUCAUCCCGCACAGAAAGUAUCCAGCAACAGAAAAAUAAACUUGAACAAAAGCAAAUAGAACUCAUUCAGAGUAUUCGUAAAGAGCUACAAGCCAAUACGAGGAAGGUGGUAAAGCCGCGUGUGAUACCUAAGACAAAAAUUUCAAAUAAACCCAAGAAAGCUAAAACUCGAAUAACAUCAUUUUCCUCCGAUGAUGAAAGUCUCGAUUCUGAUGAUGUUUUUGGUUCGGCAGAAGCUAUACCUGCUCGUCUUGAGUUUUCGCCGCCCCAAUCCCGAAAAGAAAUUGAACCCAUAUUGCGCAUAGAACAAAGCCGUUUGAUAUCAGCCGCCUGGGGUCGUGGACAGACGAUGAGCUCCACGGAAAUUGAGGGAUCCCCGCCGCAAUGCAGGCGACUUGCUGAACUGGAAAGUCGCUAUCAUACACAAAAACUUGAUCCACAAUAUGCUAAUACGUCAGAGUUAAGGCGAAUUUCAGAGCGAUCGAUUUCUAUUCCGUCCUCGGAAGACGAGCCACCACUACAUGUCCCUACACGACGCAUGGAUGAAUGCACAAACGAUUAUCAACGCAACGAAAAUAUUCCGUCGCCCAUAUUAGAACACGCAGAGUUUUUCCGAAGCAACGACGAUAUUUACGAAACAUGUCAAGAGGUAAAAACAACUGAAUCUGAUAUAGGUUAUACUUUGAAGAAGAAACCAUCGCCACGAACUGAAGUGCCGAAAUCGAAAGCUAAGUUUAUCGAAGAUAUUAUAGACUCUUCGAUAGUAAUACGCUCCAAAGGUCAUGCUCCGAUACUGUUUGCGCAUGCUCGCCUCAACUUGUCUGAAGGUUCGGUUUCUCUUCAACGACAAAAAGCGACUCAAGAGUCACCAACUACUGAGCGGCGUACUAAGAGCCUAGAUACUCCAGUCAUAUCAUUACACCGACUACCACCCAUGAAUGCAUUUUCAUCCAAAGACGAUACCGUUGGGUUCGAAGAGGAAGCCGAAAUUCUGGAGGAGAAAUCAAUUCAACGACAGUCUGGAGGGCAGCAAGACGAUGACACUGCCGAUAGUGUACACUCAUGUGCCGGUUCCAUACCUACUCAGACAAGCUAUCACACAGCCGGAAAGGACUCUUUGUUCAACACCGCGACAAUUGAUGAUGAAGAGUUGCAGCUGCUAGAUCAGCUGAGGUAUAUUGAGAAAAUUGCAUUGCAAGGUGUUAAGAUUAAAGCUAAGAAAAAGUCCAAGAUGAAACUAAAAAGCGGAGAGCAUCUAAUUUUGGAUAUACCAAAGUAUCGUUUUACUGAUUGGUCACCGUAUAGUUCAGCUAAUAGCUCACGAAAGACUUCACCAGGAGUUUCGCGUGCCAGUAGUAUAGAAAGUACUGGAAAAGGAAAAUUGAAGAUGGGACCAAAAUCGCCAGAUGGUAUCAAAAUAAAGUCGGCGACUUCGCGAAGUCGCCCAGAAUCACGACGCACUAGUGUUGACGAUAUUAAGACGAAAGACGGUAAAAGCAAGAAAUCAAGCCCUAAAGAGCGCCCACGUUCAAUUGAAGCUCGCCGUUUAAGUAAGGACAAAAGUAAGUCUCAGGAGGAAACCGAGGCGGAUAUAGCUAAACGAAAGGAACGUCAACAAAAAUUAUACGAGUCGGCUAUGAAGCAGACCAUAACCAUGCUUAGUCCUGUUAAAGAUUCAUUGCCGCCAUUCCCUGCUCCCGAGGAUAAGAUCUCGGUAAAGACUGAUGGGGAUAAAAUUAUAAUAGAAACCGAGUUUAAGAGCAAAGCCGAAGACCAUGUUUUAAUAGCAAAAUCGCCGCGAAAACUGGACACUUCCUUGGUGAAAUUUAGUCGUAGCUUCGACGAGGGCCGUAGUCCAGAUAAGUUAGAUAAAGCAAAUCGCAGUUUUGAAGAUCGCAAUAAAUCUUUUGAAGAAUCGGAAAAAUCAGACGUACCAGAGGACAUGGUGAUUAAAUCACCUAAGAAAAUUGCUAAAAGCCAGGAAAUCAAACAAAAAAUUGAAGGAAGUGUUGUGCAUAAAAAAAUUGAUGGAAAGUCUAGCAGCUUGGAGAAACCUGCUGAGCAUCAUUACCUUGGAACAGAUAUUAAAGCAAAGAGCCUUGACGACAAGAAGCCAUCUCCGACCGUGGAAGCAAAGAAAGCCGAUGAGAAAUUUACCAUUCGAAGUGCUAUUGGGGAUCGACGUAUGUUCGCCCAUCAAUACAAUUUUCACGAAGAUAUAGAUAUGCAGGCAGUUAUUUCAGAAAGACGAUCGUUAGAGAUUCUGAAAAGAUCUUUGCCGUCGGAAGACACCAAAGAGAGUGAUGGUACAUACAGCCGUAAACCGUCAACAGCAGAGAGCUUAGAUUCGUUUGUAUCAGCCGAUGAUAGCCAUUCACCAGCUAGCAAAUCUCCGGUUCCGCCAGAUGUUUAUCCGCAUCGCGUGCCAACCAUUGAAUGUGAGGAGCCAUCCAUUGAAGAAGACGACAACUCUGGAGAAUGUCGUCAUUUGAAGGUGUCACAUCAAGAUACCAACCGAUUAAGUUUGGAUCGCAGUCGUAGUGAUGAAACAGGCUCUUGGAUAACUGUGGAGUGUGAUGAAUUUGUUGGUUCUGAUACUUCUGAUAAUGAACCUCGCACUCUAGAACCAGACCGUAAUAUACUAGAGACACAAGCUACUUUGGAAGACGCUGUACCAUUAGAAUACUCUAAUUGUGCCACACCGACAUCUGAUUUAAAUAUUUUGGUCACGCCACCAAGCACUAGUCCUAUGGCGGAAAAGUCGGUUUUGGAAACAUUUGAAAAUCAAACCGAAAAAUCCGAUAGCAAAAAGAAACCCAGUUUGGACAAACAAAGUGACAAAUCAAAAAGUUCUGAUUCGUGGACUAGUGGGGAAAAAGAUGUUAGCCCUCACCGAGGCGAGCAUACACAUGAUUGGAGUUUAUCCGUCAGUGGCGGAAAGGAGAAGAGUUCUAUGGACGAAGAGUCGAGUGUUAGUUGCUCAAUCGCUAGACCGUUGGGAAUUUCCCAAGAUUUUGGAGAUGUUGAAGAGAAGAAAUGUUUAGAGCUUAAACAGCGAAUGCUUAAAUUAGAUGUUGGAAAUGGGGCUGAAACCGAAGGACUUACAACUCCGAAAGCUAAAGCUCCAGGUUCAGAUGAAACAACGUCUACCAAUGAACCGAAAGUCAUUGUAAAGAAACCGACAACUCCAACCUUAGAGAAACAAAGUCCAAUAGAUCUAGGCAUUAGCACUGAAAGUUUUCUAGAUCCUAUUGAUGAAAAGCUAACAAAGCUCCUACAACGAAAUGAAGACAGUGAAUCUAGUUCAGGUACGUCGAAAAAGCAGCCAAAGAUUGAGAAGCCUGCGCGUGCCAACGCUGGCAAGAAGUUAGCGGUAGUAAAAAGUGAUGGAACUGAUAAGCCGGGAAAAUCAGGCAGCAGCUCACAAGAAUCAAAAUCUAGUUUUGACUCGAAGGGAUCGCUUAGUGUUGAGUCCCGUGGGUCCUUUGAGACCGAAAGUAGCUCGGGUUCAAUGGGUGCAGCACAGCGCAGAGGUGAAUUGCAACAGAAAGAACAACAAACAACAUGGAAACCGUUCCCCAUAGAAAGUUCGGGAAGUUCUAGUACAGAUGAUCCUUGGCAUCACGUUGAAACUGAUGGAUAUGAACGAUACGAUGCCAAUAAUCCAUUACGUGAUUCUUCCGACAGUGACUUGAAGGAGGUAUCACCAGAUGAUCAAAAAGAAAGUGAUACAAGCUUUCAGGAUGAGCUAAACGACUUUCCGACUACAUUUGGUUAUCCUGCUAUGACCAGUUCAUUGAGUGGCAUCGGCGUAAACCCUACAGAUAUUAUUGGUUAUAGCACUGGUUUUACUCUUGGGCGUACUCUGUCUCGAAUAUCAGAACGUAGUACAGCGUCUGAGAAAUCUAGUAUGGAAGAUGACGUCAGCAAAGCUUCUACACACUCAGUAAGCAUGCGGGACGAAUCUGUAGGUUCGACCGAUCAUCAACCAAGUCUCAGUUCGGACUCUAGAAGCAAUACAAAUUUGGCGUAUAUAUCAGAUGCAGACCGACGGACUUCGGCCGAAAUGCCGGAUAUUCCAUGUGACUCAGCCACUGGAGAUCGACUUUCCAGCAUUGGUAGCUUUAAUGAACCAAAGUCUCCGAUUGUAGUUACUGGGCGGUUUUCAGUCACCCAGGUUGAAGAGCAACAGGCCGAUGAUGUUGAUAGGCAUACUCUUAUGUGUCUUUCAAAUGCAGGUAGCCAAGAUUCAGAGGAUUGGCCUCUUCCAGAAAUUCCUUUCGACUACGUGCCAGUGAAACCUGUAGAAUCCAUCUACCAAAUGCCCGAUUUAGACAAGCCUGUGCCGAAAACAUUUUGCUGGAAAGCCAGUAAAUCUUUUCAGUCGCAAGAUUCACAAGAAUGGCCUUCUCCGCCGGCUAGUGCCAUUGAGGCGCCAUUAAUAGUGGGAGAUAUAGAAACGUAUUAUGCUACUGAAGCUCAAAGUGCGGAUCAAGUGAUGGUAGAAUCCUUUACAGCAACAGAUAAAACCGAUGAUGAUGCUCAAUCUCAGGCCGAUGAUAGGCUCUCUAAUGAAGACUUUCCAAUUACACCUCCAGAUAUCGCGAAAAUCUUACCCUAUGAAGAUACUGCAUAUUUAAUGUCAGCAGCAUUUGAAAAUAAAGAUUUUGAAAAUGAAGAUGCCCAACAUGAUACCCCAACAUGUUUAAGUUCAACCUUGAGUGCUGCCUCAUGUCUUUCGUCCUCAUUUACUGUUACUUGCUCGUCCUCGCCGAAAUCCACCCAAAUUUCCCCUCUUCGCAAGGAUUCCAGCCCAGAUUUAGUGAUCAUUUCACAACCUACACGUUCACCAACAAUCCGUAGUCCAAUUUCUGAAGAUGAGGUAUUCUCUAGUGACGAUGUCUUCAUGCCUGGCACCGUGAAGAUCCAACUGUCUUCCGAUGGAAGUCGUACAACGGAAUACUUGAGAAAGUUGUCCAGAGGCUCAAAUAAUUCGGAUACCUCUAUUGAUGAUAUUUUGUCAGCAUCUGGAACAUUUAUGGAAGAUCAGACUACAGUGCUUCGAAAUUAUGAAAGUCGUCUCAGUUCAGGUUCCUGUAAGAAAUGCAGUCAUUCUAGCCAUUCUGAAGAGGAUACAAGCUCCAUUGGGACAGAUUUGGAUGGCACAGUGCGCAUGGGUUUACAACAAAAGAAAUGCACGCAUAGUUCCCAUUCAGAAGACACAUCGAUAGGACUAAGUAUUUCUGAAUGGUCCACUGGCACCAACACCGUACGACAGUACGCGAAUCUCUCUGGUUCAGAUAGUCUUUCAGCAGUGUCAACGCAAUCCUGUGCGAAAAGUGAGAAGUCGAAUCACACUAAGUCCAGUAUGAGUUCUAUAAAUAAAUCAGCAGAGAGCUUGAAUGAACAAAGUGGAAGUUUUUCAAAAGGACUAUCAGGUGAUAAUGGUUCAUCCGAUGGUCUGCGGUAUGACAUACUGUCCAAUUCUGAGACCGAAAAAAUGUCUGAAGCUACGUCGGCGACAAAAAGUGAUGAUACGACACUAACUCUAACGGAAAUGGCGCAUACGAUAACUGAGUGGUCUACAUCUAGUAGUCGCACUUUGGUCGGAGCUCAAUCUGGCGAAACUUCCAAGGAUCCAAGAGGCAGUAGACGGGGCAGUUAUAUAGACUACGUUCCACUUAAACAGUCCCGAAUGACAGCGAAAAAGUCUCCCAGCGAGGAGUUGAGAACUGUUAUUCCACAAGUGCAUCGAAGAAGUGCUAGUAAUGGCAAUAAUGGUCGUGCUAGUACAGAAGAAGCAGGUCAAAAAGUUUCGCCUCCUAAAUUAGGCGAUAAUGGAAGACAAAACUCGCUUUCCCGAUUGAUAAGAUUGGAGGACAAAGAAGGCGUUACAGAGAACACGAGCGCUGCACGAAAACGUCGUUCAUUGGAAAUGAUGUCAAAGCUGUACCAAAGUCAAGAGAUUUCAUCAGAGAGCGAAUCUCCGUUCGUGGAGCGUCUGUACUCGCCAAGCGAAAAAUUAACGGAACGCUACCAAAGUCAAGAAUUCGUUCCAUUACAUGUAUCCAUAGCGCAAGCUCAACAACCAAAUCUUCAAACAGCAUCUGCAAAGCCCAGAGCCCCGCAACCCCCCACAAAACCAAAACCCCAAGUAACACGUCCGCUUAUGCAAGCCUUAUUGAGACACAUGAAAGCCGUUAGUAAGGUAGAGGAAACCUCCGCUUCUGCUUCAGCUUCUGAAGCAUCGACAUCAUCUCAGGCGAGUGUAUCCACAAAGACUGCACCCCCACCUGUGACUAAUAUACCACCGACCACACCGCCAAACGACUUACCACGAGCCCAUUCCGCUGGCCAACUGCCAGGGAAAGCGCUCGCUAAGCAUCAUAGCUAUGAUGAUAAAACCUUGUCGAAAUCACAAAUACGAGAAUAUAAAACAAAUAAACUGCGCCAAUCGAACUCCUUUCACGAGCACAUGCUCUCGAAGUCGCAGCAGUCUUCGCAGGAAUCGAUGCCACCACGCAUCGAUGAAGAGUCCUCGCAGGGGGGAGAAGGUAAUGGAGUUUCGUCAGCCACGACAUCAGCAACCAUUUAUAGUGAGAAUACAACAAGUACGGAAACGUCAUCGCCAAUGUUACCGCAACGUGCCGAAAAGCUCGUUAAAUGCUCGCCGUAUUAUUCAAGUAGCCUAAGCUCUGAAUCACCACCAAACCAACUGAUACAAAAGCCACCACGAAAAUGUUCAAUAACCCGGAACACCAUAAUUAAAAGUCCACCAAGCGGCAAUGACACUGACAGCUCAAUGGAUAUACGCACACAAGAUCUAAAGUUACGUAACAAGGGAUAUCGUCGAAAGCGGCAGGUGCCUGCCAAACGAGUGCGCUCGACAGAACGAGCCUUAGCGGAACAGGAAAGCUCAGAAUGUUCGGAAGGUUAUUUGCCAGAAAUCGAUUCGGGCAGCUCAGAACCCUCCUAUCGACUGGAGGAUCAGUAUUUAGAAUUCGACGAAGAACUAGAACACGAACAAGAAACAGAUGAGUAUGACGAGUAUCCGCAGUAUUCUGGAGCCGCGUAUGCAGCAUCCAGUAAGUUCGAAAGUCUGGACAUGACAGAUAACGUAGAUGAAAUGGGCUUUCCGCGGUACGAUCGUCUUAGUCAUAUUACCAAUCCGAUGUAUCAGCCCCAAUUAAUGCAAUCAAUUUCAAGUCAAAACAUGGCUUAUAAACCGGCGCCAGCUAAUCACCCAAUGCCACCACCUAAUGGCCAGCCAGUAAAACCAGCACGCACCAAAAAACGUCAGCUAAAACGAGAGGAAUCAACCACCAGUGAAUUCACCGGAGAAACAUCGACAUCUGCAGCCCUAGCAUCAGAGCAAUAUCACAUGCAACCAUAUGCUACUCCAGAUGAGAGUGAACUUGAGAGCAAGGCUGGACUAUCCGACGAUUUAGCAAAUUCAAGUGAGGAAAGAAGUGGAUUUGUACAGGCCACUGGCACGAUAAGACGUACCACUAUAAGCGAGUUGCCAUAUCCGGAUUUCCUCUCAGAUUAUGAAAACGAACCGAUUGAGUAUGAACGCUAUGCAUGUGGUUUGGAUAUACGAGUUGAUCCACCGCCCAAGUUUGAUGACUCGGAUAAUUUAAGCGAACGCAAAUAGAGCAAACAUUCAAAGGUAUGAAAUAAGUUUCAGAAAAAAGAGAACCGUAACAAUAAAAAGAUUUAACAAUCGUGUAGAGGCAAACAUAGUAGAAAACAAUCUGUAGGAUGCAUAAUCAAAAGUUAUUGGUGGGAGGAAAAACGAAAGGGGAAUGUUUAAACUUUAAAGUCGACCCUGAGCUUAUGUAUUUACAAAAUAUUGACUAAAACUCUCCGAAUCAUCUUAUAUUCAAUUGAGACUGAUUUAUGGUGUGAACUGCUGCAGCCAAUUUGCUUUCGACAAAUCCCCAUAAAAUUUAUAAAAAUUAAAAAAAAUUUUAAAAAUUAUCUACGUAACUAUUAAAAAUAAAAACCAUUUUAAUGAAAAUCCUAAUUUUCCUGAUUUUAAAAUGACUAAAUUUAUUAAAAUUAUUACGUAUCGCACAUUAGACGUUUUGACAUGUUGACGUUUUUCAAAAACGGCAGUAACUUCAGAUAGACCGUUAAAUCAAAAAUGUCCGUUGUAAGUGAAGGUUGAGAUCAUCUAAAUGUAAUGGUAAUAGCAACAAAUUUAAUCGUAUUAAAAAUGUUAAAUUUUAAAGCACUAUUUACUCAUCGAAUAAUUAUAAAUCAAAGAAGCAAAAAUUGCGAAACUAAAAAACUAAAAACCUAGCAGAAUGUGCAUACAAAUAUAGAGAAACUUAAUAACACACAUAUUUGCACAGCAUUGCAAUAAAUGUGCCAAUAAUCUUACAAUUAUCUACGAGCGAGCGAUAUUACUUUGGAUUCAAUAAUCGCUCUUAUUCUGAUUGUCGGUACGUCAAUCGUUUAUCGAAAAUCGGGAAAAAAUUGCAUUCUCAUAGUCGCUAUGUAUUUAUUAUCCAACCACACAUCACAUAACAAACGGAUAUUUCUUUUGUAGUUUUAUUAUUGAAAAGGAUUGAAAAGAUGUUGGAAUACAUGUAUUAAAUUUUUUCUCAAAGCAACUACGAAUUUCUGUAUACUUCAUCUAAUCGGUGACGAAUAUUUAUAGCUCUUUAUGAAAUGACAUUUUAUUAAAAUUUAACUUCAGAUAAGAUAAGAUACAAAAAUAGAGUUGUACUUCUAGUUUUCCUACGAUACCACCAUGUACUCGAUGCUUGUACUCAUUAAAUUUAUCGAAGGGAAUUGUCGAUGCUACUCAAGGUAUCGGUAGAAAAUACUAGAUUCUACUUGUACUCAAACCAAGGAAUAUCAAACAGAAAGUAGCAUUAGAGCAAAAACCACAUUUACAUGUAUUUUGUUUUGCUUCUGGUAUCUCUCAAG